UUGACUCCCCCCGCUGGAUAUUUGAAGGGGCGGGGGAAGGGAAGGAUUUUCCCAGAUGUUGGCUGCGGGACUGCAGCAGUUUUCUUGCGCCCCUGCCCAGGAGAGUGGGCGCUGUGUCAGGGAAGGUGCAGAUGUCCCGCCGCUGCUGCGGGGCCGAGUCCUGUUCCAGGAUUUUGGGGAGAUGCAGUUGCCGAGCUUCCCGCCCGCCGUCUUCCAGCUGCAGCAUCUGGAGGAGUUACACCUGGAGGGGAACCUGAUCGAGGAGAUCCCGCCUCAGAUCGGGCGCUUGCGGAGGUUGCGGGUCCUCUACCUGAACGGGAACAGGCUGCAGCAAGUGUGCGAGGAGCUGGGCGAGCUGCAGCGUCUGCAGAGCCUGGACUUGAGCGACAACCCGCUCAACUGCAGCGCCCUCACCGAGACCCUGUGCCGCCUGCGGCAGCUGCGGGAACUCCGCCUGUACCACAACAACCUCAAGCAGCUCCCAGGCCAGCUCUGCAAGAAACUCCGCCACCUGCAGCUGCUGGGCUUGUCAGGGAAUAAGCUGGAGUCGCUGCCCUGGGAAAUCAGGAGCCUCAGCGAAUUGCAGCAACUUUACCUGCAAUGCAACAACUUACAGGGUUUACCCGUCGGCUUCUGCCAGCUGCACCAUUUAGAGGUAUUGGAUCUCAGGGACAAUGAAAUGAUUUCCCUCCCAGCCGAUAUCAACUGUUUGCAAAACCUGAAACACCUCUACCUCGCCGAUAACAACCUGGCAUUUAUUCCACAGACUCUGAGUAGCUGCAGCAGCCUGUGUGUAUUAGACAUCAGCAGAAACAGACUGGACCCCCACCACCUCUGUCCACUCCCAGGCUCUCUGGCCGAACUUGACCUGUCCGGGAACCGACUGCACACAGUCCCGGCUGUCGUCUGCGAGCUCGGCGCCGCCUUACAGCUGCUCUACCUGAAAAACACGCACAUCAGAAACCUUAGCUGUUGCUUCUCCCAGUUAACAGGACUUCGCCUUUUGGACCUCAGCCAAAAUGUUCUGCGGUACUUUCCGAAGCAAAUCUGCAGCCUGGGCCAUCUGGAAGUUCUGUCAUUGGAUGACAGCAAACUGAAAGAGGUCGCUCCAGGAAUAAAGAAUUUGAGCAAACUGAAGACCCUCGGUUUGACUGGGAACAGGUUCCGGGCUUUUCCCCAAGAAAUUUGCUUUGUGAAAUCCUUGGAAAAAUUAUAUCUGGGACAAGAUCACGGGAUGAAGUUCAUCCACAUACCUGAGGAAAUUUCCCAACUUGUGAACCUGAGAGAAUUAUACCUCGAGAACAACGAGAUUGAGUUUUUGCCAUCAACAACUGGGUUGCUCCGGAACCUGGUUGUGCUUGACUGCCAUGAGAACCGUUUACUGGAAUUACCUCAAUCAAUUGUGGACAUCCCUGGCUUGAAGCAUCUUUUAGCAAGUUGUAAUCGGAUAAGACAUCUCCCAGCAAACUUUGAUAAACUGAAGAAUCUGGAAAUCGCCUCCUUGGAGAGAAACCCACUGGAAAAACCUCUUGAUGAAAUUUGUCAUAAGGGAGUGUCUGCUAUAUUCCAAUACUUUGAGAAAUUGAAGACUCAGAACUUGAAAGCAACCAAGAUCCAAGCAUGGUGGCGUGGACAGAUGGUUCGAAAAGAACUAGGACCUUUCAAAAACCUGUUCCCAAAGAAAGACAAAAAAGGGAAGAAAGACAAAGGAAAGGAGGAAAAGGGAAAGCAGCAGCAGAAAGGAAAGAAAAAGUAAUAAAAGUAUUGACAUUGUCAAGCCAGAAGGCAAAUUUGUGAAUGUGCAUAAAAGCUGAAGGGUCCGACAAUAUUUCUGGCUUCAGGAAACCACUAAUUAUUGACCAGAAAAGCAAUGACAGAGUGGAGGGAAAAUUGACUUGUUUCCGCAAGAGCCUGUCCAUGUCAUUGGAUAUCCACCUAGAAGCUGGGGGCUGAGGUUGAGAGUUUGCACACAACUUGAACCACAGUCUGAGCUACAAAUCUUCUUAAAAAUUGCAGAGACCUAGAGGCUGUCCUCAGAAUUAUCUGAAUGUUUGAAUAUUGCACCUCACUUUCUAGAUAUCAGGGGUAAUACAAACCAGGCAGGAGCAAGGCCCACCCCAUUUUCCAGCACUUGUUUAAAGGAACUGCUGGCUUGGUGUCAUCCCAUUUCAAGCUUUCAUUGAAGACCAUUUUCAUUUUUGAGAAGUUCAAAAGGUUACUCUAAAACAUCCCCAUUGGAGAGUUGAAGGUCAAUCUUUUAAAAAGUUAUGAUCAGAGAUAAACAAUUGAACAUGCUGGGAUGUUUGUAGAACUUAACAUCAGAUAAAAAUUUUGUAACAUCUACUCACUGUCCUGCACUUCAUAAAAUAGCUGCCUGAUAGACACUAUAAUCAUAACUAAUUGUAAAUUGGCAAUGCCAUGCCUUUACAGCAAGAGAGACAAAAAAAAAUGUAGUUUGAAUGUUUAACUUAUAUGAUCAAAGUUAGAAUGUAAGGAUUUCAAGCCAGGCAUUGCACAAGCUGUAUUUCUCAAAAGGAAAAAAGCUUAGUGAGUUGCAACUUGGAAUUUUAUUUUCAUAUGCAGUUAAAGCAAACGCAAUGGAAUAACUCUGGUAUUUGGUUACUCCACUAAAAGCAGCUUUGCAUCCGAUCAACUUUCUUAAAUUCUUCCAAGUAAAGAACAAUAAAUAAUGCAUGACGUUUGGUAUAUAAAAGAUCUUCCAAAAGGUUUUGCUAUUGGACCACAUAAUAUUAUCAGGUUGUAUUUCCUGACAGACAGUUACUGGGAUUGGAAGAAUAUCAAAGAAAUCUUCAAAAACCUUGGUACUAUGUCUGUUAUAAUUAGUUCACAAUGUACUUAAACAAUUUGAAUCAGACAUAAUUCUCACAAUGGCCACAAUGGGACCCGGGUUUGAUUCCACCCUCAAUAGCGGUGUGUGUGUGUGUGUGAAGU